UCAAUCACACAGAGGGGGUUGGGCUUGGGUUUGAUGCGGAGGCGGGACUUCAGGUGGACAGGAAGGUGCCGAGGAGCUGGUUCGAUGUGGGCUUCGCCUUCAGGAGGCCGAGGUCAGAUUCUAAAAAGGUUUUGAAAGCUGAAGACAUCUUUAACAUCCAGUGGAAGGGCUCAAGAACAACUUCAGGAUGGCAGGGUUCCUGGACAAUUUUCGCUGGCCGGAAUUUGAAUGUAUUGAUUGGGGAGAGAGCAGAAAUACUGUCACGUCUAUAGUUGCCGGAGUGCUGUUUUUUACAGGUUGGUGGAUUAUCAUAGAUGCUGCAAUUGUUUAUCCAACAAACAAAGAUAUGAAUCAUGCUUUUCACACAUGUGGAGUCAUGUCAACCAUAGCUUUUUUCAUGAUAAAUGCUGUCUCUAAUGGGCAAGUCCGAGGAGAUGGAUACAGUGAAGGAUGUUUGGGAAGAACAGGUGCAAGGAUUUGGCUUUUCAUUGGCUUCAUGCUGAUGUUUGGAUCUCUAAUAGCUUCCAUGUGGAUCCUAUUUGGGGCGUAUGUUGUACCAAAGAAUGAUGUGUAUCCAGGCCUGGCUGUGUUCUUUCAGAAUGCAUUGAUAUUUUUUAGCAGCCUGAUCUAUAAAUUUGGGAGAACAGAGGAACUUUGGGCAUAAAAGCUGCUCCGUAUCAGCACUGAGAUGACUCGGGAUAUUCUGCACUUAAACAAAAGCUACAGAUACACAUUGCUUUGUACUUUUGGCCAAAUUGUAAUUUAAGUAAUUUUAGUGAUACGAUCCAUAUUUAAAAUAAUCCUUGAAAAACUCAUCUUUUUAUUUUAUUAACAUCUCUGCUUAGAAAUUCAUCCCAUGAUGUUGGGGAGAAAGCAUUGUGUAUUGUACAGUCAGCAUAUUAGUUUUCUCUCAAAAUUCAUUCCAUUGAAAUCAAUGGAAUGAAUUGUACAAUGCAGCACAUUUUGUGCUAUUUUCGAGGGAUGAAUUUCUGGGCCUUAAUUUUGUAAUAUGUUACCUGCACUCUUAAUAAUUGUCAUGAGUUAUAUUAACAGAGAAUGAUGCACUGAUUGGGCUGAGAACUGUAAUAUGACUUCUAAUUGAGUUCAUUGAAGAAAACCUGGAUUAUAUGUCUGAUGUGUUAUUAUUGUUACCCUAUAUUUUAAAGGAAAAAAGAGAUCUGCAUCCUUAAACAUUGUACAUUUUAGAUUCAGGCAAAAUUAAUGCCUGUUGUAUCAUUUUAUAUUUGAAGAAAUUAAUGCCUGUUGUAUCAUUUAAAAUUUUAACUGUGCUAAAAGCAUUAUUGACCCAGAAUGUUUGCUCCAACCUUUUUAGAUCUUAAGAAAGAAUGCCACUAUUAAGUAACAGCUUGACUAAAAUUUUUCCGAUGAGAAUAUUUAUGAAAUAAACCCUGUGUUAUAUUUUCUUGUG